CAGGUCCUAUUAAGGAGUAGCCGCUAAACUUGAGCAUUUUCUGUCACAAUUUUCUGCUCACCUCGGAUAUAAAACUCUUCGGUUUUUCCGGGAAAGUGUUCAGAAGUGGUGGAUGAUAACUUCAGGCCCCUCCAAAGCUGGGAAGUUGCUGGUUUUGUUGGCCGUUUGGUGGUACGCAAGCGAAACUGCUUAUCUAAGCAUGAGUAUGGCUGCGAGCAGUAGCUGAGGACGCCACCGGGAGUUCCCCCUUUCUGUUUCUGCCACCUGCAAAUAUGAAUGGUGGUGCAAAUAUAUGGGCGAUCACUCCAGAUGAGAGGGUCAAACAUGAUCAGAAGUUUGACACCCUCUCCCCAUCAAUGGGCUACGUUUCAGGGGAGCAAGCCAGGAAGUUUUUCCUCCAAUCAGGGCUGCCUGCUGCAGUUUUGGCUGAGAUAUGGGCUUUGGCUGACAUGAACAAAGAUGGGAAGAUGGACAGGUUGGAGUUUUCCAUCGCUAUGAAGCUCAUAAAGCUAAAACUCCAGGGUACAUCACUCCCAGUGUUACUGCCGGUCAUCAUGAAGCAGCCGCCAGUGCCUGCUCCCAGCCUCACUAACCCCAACCCGCCCUAUGGUACCAUAUCUGUGCCUAACAUGUCCAUGAUGCCAGGGACAAACCUUUCCAUGAUGACUCCUAUCGCCAUAGCGACCCCCGGACUCUCACCUUUGACACCAAUGACAGGCCUCACCCCGUUGGUUCCUACAGCAACAGGCCUGAGUCCUCUAAUAGCCUCUACCCCCACCAGGCCCCUAAUGCCCACCGUGGGAAACGCCACCCUGCCAAAUGGCACCAUGGGACUUCUCCAGCCACUUUCAGCUGGAGCUUUGGCCACUGGCCUACCUCUAUCUGCAUCCCCCUUCUCCUCUCCAUUGGGACUUUCCUCUACUUCUGUUGGUAUAAGCAAGGCCUCAUCGCUGCUAGACCUGGGAUCUAGCAGCUCCACUUCCUCGUCCCCCUCCAUGAUGUCCCCAAUGGUUGCUGGUCCCAGUGACUGGGCUGUGCCACAUGCAUCCAGACUCAAAUACAGGCAGCAGUUCAACAGCUUGGAUAAAAUGAUGACUGGAUACCUCACUGGUCAGCAGGUGAGAAGUGCCAUGGCAACCACAAUGCUGACUCAGACACAACUGGCCUCCAUCUGGACUUUGGCCGAUGUGGAUAAGGACGGCAAGUUAAGAGCUGAGGAGUUUAUUCUGGCAAUGCAUCUCGUAGACAUGGCGAAAUAUGGACAACCACUGCCGCUUACACUGCCAACUGAGCUGGUACCACCCUCACAAAGGGGUGCCGUGAAUGGAUCCAGCUCUUCUCUCUAUGCAGCUCUGACUGAUGACUUGGACUCAGAACCUCCACAGAAAGUCAAGACCAACCUAACCUUUGAGGAUAAAUUCAAAGCCAACCUGCAGCGAGGGAACGCCGAACUGGAGAAAAGACGACAGGCGCUGCUUGAUGCAGAGAGGAGAGAGCAGGAAAGACGCGCUCAGAAGGUGAGAGAGGAGCAAGAAAGGAGGGAGAAGGAGGCUCGUGAGGCAGAGGAGAGGAGGAGGAAAGAGGAGGAGAGGAGGCUGGAGCGGCAGAGGGAGCUGGAGAGGCAGAAAGAAGAAGAGCGUCAGAGAGAAAUUCAGAGAAAAGAGGCUGCGCAGCGGGAGCUGGAACGCCAGAGGAAGGAGGAGUGGGAGAGGAGGCGGCAAGGGGAGCUCCAAAUAAAAAAGGAGCAGGAACAGGAUGACAUUAUCAGACUGAAAGCUAAAAAGAGGAGUCUAGAGAUGGAGUUGGAGGCUGUGGGUAACAAGCAUCGUCAGAUCUCAGACCGACUGCGUGACUUUCAGAACAAGAAGAAGCUUCAUAGGACUGAGCUGGAUCUGAUCAAUCAAAGGACAGACACAUGCCAACAGGACAUUAACAACAUGCAGAAACAGUUAGAGGAGUUCCAGAGGAAGUUGUCCCAGUUGACUCCAGAACAGAAGAGACUGACUGAGAAACUCAAAAACAUGGCUCUAAAUAACCUGCCUGGAACGACCAUGUCCACCCUGAAGCUGAGUGUUACAGAGAAAAAAGGGACAUGUAUGAAAAUGAAAGAGCAGAUGGAAGCUUUGGAGAAAGAGACUGCUGCCAAACUGGCUGAGAUGGAUCAGUAUCACAAAGAUAUGCAGGUGGGCAGCCGAGGGCCACACAUCACAGGAAGUCAGCGGCUCUCACAUCCUUCAGAGCACUCUACCCAUUUACUGCACGAAACCACGAAGAGCUCAGUUUCAACUCAGAUGAUAUUAUUGAGGUUGAUGAGACGACAGAGAGGGAGGAGGGUUGGCUGUAUGGGAGCAAACAGGGGAAGAUGGGCUGGUUCCCAGAGAGCUACGUAGAGAGAGUGGCUCCAUCAGAUGGAGCUAAUAAUGCUGCUGCUCCUAAAGUGCUGCUCUCAGUCACAGGUCCAAUGUCCUUGAAGCUGCCAAAAGCAGCGGGGACAAAGUCUGCCUUCACGCCAACACAUUCUCCAAACCCAGCACCCUCUGAGACACAGGGACAGGUGGUUGGUAACCUGCUUGCACAGGCCCUGGCCUCCUGGACAGCAAAGACAGACAACCAUUUGAACUUCAAUAAGGACGAUGUGAUUCAGGUGCUGGAGCAGCAGGAGAACUGGUGGCUGGGAGAGCUGAACGGUGAAAAGGGCUGGUUCCCCAAGACAUAUGUGACACUGCUGGGUGAAGAGGAGAGUUCAGACAUGAAGAGCUCCCCUCCUGAUGCUUCAGAGUGUAAUGACAGCCAGCAGCUGGAAGAAUACGUGGCGUUGUACACCUAUGAGUCUCCAGAGACUGCUGAUCUGACGUUUAGUGAGGGAGAUGUGAUCUUGGUGAGCAAGAAAGAGGGAGAGUGGUGGAACGGCUCUAUCGGCGACCGCACAGGCGUGUUCCCCAGCAACUACGUCAAACCUAAAGAGACAGAUGUGUCAAGCACAUCUGGAAAGAAGAAGCCAGAGAUAGCCAAGGUGACCAGGGCUCACUCCUCUACUGGGCCCGAGCAGCUGAAUCUGGAAAUUGGCCAGCUCAUCCUCAUCCUUGGCAAGAACGCGUCUGGCUGGUGGCUCGGAGAACUGCAGGCUCGAGGUAAAAAACGUCAGAAGGGCUGGUUCCCAACCUCUAAUGUACAAAUAUUGGGAUCCAACAGCGGCAAAUCCACACCAGCACCCCAACCAGUCUGUCAGGUGAUCGCCAUAUACGACUACACGGCCGCCAACGAGGACGAAAUGAGCUUCUCCAAAGGUCAGCUGAUCAACGUCCUGGACAAGAACGAUCCUGAUUGGUGGAAAGGAGAGCUCAACGGUGUCACUGGCUUGUUCCCUACAAAUUACGUUAAAAUGACCACAGCGGAUUGCGACCCCAGCCAGCAGUGGUGUGCAAAUCUGAACAGCCUGGACACGCUGAGCCCCCAGGAGAAGAAGAGACAGGGUUACAUUCACGAGCUGAUACUGACUGAGGAAAAAUAUGUGGUAGACUUGAGUACAGUGAUAGAGGUUUUCUAUAACCCCAUGUCGGAGUCUGGCCGCCUGAAUGAAAAUGAGAUGGAUAUGAUCUUUGUCAACUGGAAAGAUCUGAUACCCUGCAACACAACAUUUCUCAAGUCGCUUCAUGCUCGUCAGAAGAGUGGUGGGGAUAAUAUGCCGGUGCAGAUGAUUGGAGACGUCCUGGCAGCGGAGCUAUCCCACAUGCAGCCCUACAUUAUGUUUUGCUCCAGCCAGAUCAAUGGAGCCACGCUGCUCCAGACUCGCACCGACAACGAGCCGGACUUCAAGGAGUUUCUCAAGAAAAUUGCCACAGACUACAGGUGUAAAGGCAUGCCGCUGUCCAGCUUCCUGCUGAAACCCAUGCAGAGGAUCACGCGCUACCCACUGCACAUCAAAAAUAUCCUGGAGUGCACUGCAGAGGGCCAUGCUGACCGAGGUCCUCUGAAAGAGGCUCUGGAGAGGGCAGAGGAUCUCUGUAAACAGGUGAAUGAAGGCGUGAGAGAGAAGGAAAACUCUGACCGACUGGAAUGGAUUCAGAACCACGUACAGUGUGAAGGAGCUGCUGAGCACUUGGUUUUUGACUCUCUCACCAACUGUUUGGGCCCCAGGAAGCUGCUCCACAGCGGAAAGAUGUACAAAGUGAAGAGCAACAAGGAACUGUGGGCUUUCCUCUUCAAUGACUUCCUGCUUUUGACUCACACGUCCAAGCAGUUCACCUCAUCUGGACCUGAUAAACUGUUCAGCAACAAGAACAAUAUACAGCUCAAGAUGUACAAACCGCCUGUGCUGCUAAAUGAAGUUCUGGUGAAGCUGCCAGAUCCUUCCAGUGACGACCCCACCUUCCACAUCUCGCACAUCGAUAGAGUCUACAUACUCAAGACUGACAACAUCAAUGAACGGACAGCGUGGGUGCAGAAGAUCAAGGCUGCAUCUGAAGAGUUUAUUGAGACAGAAAAGAAGAAAAGGGACAAAGUCUAUCAAGCGCGAACUGUUAAGGCGAGCGGGAUCGGCAGACUCCUUGUAACCAUCUUGGAGGCCACUGAACUUAAAGCAGCAAAACCCAACCGUAAAAGUAAUCCCUACUGUGAGGUGACAAUGGGAGCUCAGGUCUUCACGUCCAGAACCAUCAACGACACUGUGCACCCCAAGUGGAACUUCAACUGUCAGUUUCACAUCAAAGACGUCUACCAGGACGUCCUUUGCAUCACCAUCCUUGAAAAGGACCAGUUUUCACCUGAUGACUUUCUGGGACGGACAGAGGUUCCCGUAGCAACCAUCAAAAAAGAGUUGGAGAACAAGGGAUCAGUGACGCGACGUCUUCUGCUGCACGAGGUUCCAACAGGGGAAGUGUGGGUCCGCCUCGACCUGCAGCUCUUCAACAGCAAAUAGCCACGCAGGAUGAACUGAAAUAAGAACUGUCUUCUGUUGAUACAUCCAAAUAAGAAAAGCUAACCAAAUAAUACAAGCUGCUUUUUCUCACAUAAACAAACUAGAAUAUUUCCCAUCACAUGCACCUACGUGCUUCAAAUGGGCUUCAAGAAGAUACUUAUAUCAAACAAAACAUUCCUGAACUGUGUCUCACACUGCACGCUUUAAUAUUUUAAUAAUUACCAGCACUAAUAAUACGUCUUCUGAUCCUCCAUUAAGAAGUAGGGUCUGUGUGGCAUCAGCUGCACCAACUAUUAUGAGCAAGGGCUCUUUUUUUUCUCUCCCAGAUGAUGACCUCAGAUGGAAAGGGAAGCGUUAUUGCUGCAGCAGUUUGCACCUGAGCAACAUAAACACCCCGAAGGAGAUAAAAGGAAGAACUACAGCAUGUCUUCUUAAACAGUGGAGAUAUAUUGUGUCAUAAAGCUGAAUGUGGAUGUAAUAAUUUAUGAUCUUCAGAGGAAGGUAGAACUGGACAAAAGCUGUUUAGAAGCAAGUAGUUAUAGUGCUACUAAUAAAGCAAUAAAACUAUUAAUAUAAAGGUUUUUGAUCUCCUCUAAACUCAGUAAUAACAGUCAGUUAUUAAGCAUUCACUGAUUUCAGUGUUUUAGACUCUGCCAAGUCUGCUCAGCCAAGCUCAUUUACAAUGUUUUCAAUGUUUUACUUUAACCAUCAUCAAGAUCUGAAUGUGUUGAAGAGUUUUUGUUUUUGUUCAAGAGACUGCUGAUCUGCUGUGUUGCCUUCGUUGAUCAUGAGCUGUCGGGUCUUCUUCUCACAGUGACAUCAAGGGCCUCAUGAACAGUAGAUCCAGAGGACAGACAGUAACGUUGACAACCUGGAUGAAGUGUUUUUGUCAGUCUGGAGUCAGUUUACUAUUGUAGAUAGAAGAUCUCAGGAUGUGUAGUUCUGGGUUGAGUCUGUAAUAACACUGAACACUUAUUUCGUUUAUCUGCCGUGUGUGUGUGUGUGUGCGUGUGUGCGUGCGUAUGUGUCUUUGGAGUCUACCAAUGUAAAGAUCUUCAGCUGAGGGCUCUUGAAAUGCUGCACCUUUUGGAGUUAACCAAAACUCUUGGCCUUAAUGUAAAUCAGAAUUUUAGAAAUCACAGUUUCAUAAUCAUUUAUUUUCAUUGGGAGGAUGAUGUCACCACAGUACUGGAAUAAUGGGAGUCUAGUGUUAGUCUAUUUCUUUACCUUUUUAUCAGUAUGCAGAGGCAAAGUCUGAAAAAAGUAGCAGAACUUUGUCCUCCUUAAAGAGUCAGUUAUUUCUUCCUUUUUAGUGUAAAAGGCUUAGAUGAGGUAAACAUUUGAAGUGACACAGAUUGGCAGUUUUGUCUCCAAUACUAAACUGUUUUUUCUCACUUAUGUGAUUGUUCUUUACACUUCAACCCUGCGAGACAGAUUUCAGUCUUUCUUCAGGCCGACCUCAUAGACGACAAUAUUGCCCGUCUCUGUUGCCUCAAGUAGUUGCCCUAAAGAAACAUCUGCCCAUGCCAGUUAUUUAUGUAGUAGCUUGACUUUUCUGCGUCCUUGUUUUUAUUAUCCCAGUCUCCUUUCUAACUCUGACCACCGGCUGGUGCUCUGGAUAUUAAUGAAAAUGUGUUGUAUUUAUUUCUUAAUUUAUGCGUGUGUGACUAUCCAAAGGUUAGAAGCGGCUUUGCUGUGUCAUCUUGGAUAAUCAGCUGGUAUCCACUGGGUUUGUUCUGAACGUGGGUGAUGUCAAAUAUUAAAAGAUGUGUUCGUAGACAGAUGUUGAUAUUCUUUUGAACAGCAAUAUAAUAUCUUAGAUGAUUCUCUGAAUUUUACUGUAAGUAGGCUAGGUCACUAGUAAUUUUGUUAAGCCUGCUGUUUUGUUACAUGUAUUCUUUUCGUUUGUCAUUCAAUCAACAAAACAGUUUUUAAGUCUUGUAUUAACUUCAAUGUUUAUUUCUAUUUGUGGACAAUGUGCAAAGAGACUGGACUACCUUCUGUCUAUCUGUGUGUGGGGGUUUGUCAUUUGUUGUAUUGGAUAUUUUAUUUCCUGCAGCUGUUGACUUCUGCUGUGCUAACUGAGUUUAUGGCCUCUCUAAUGCAGACUGCCUGUUCACAGCUGAUCAGACUGGAGUCUGUACCUGCUGUUUGUAUUCACCUGGGCCUCUACACGGCAAUGAAUCAGGGUUUCUAAAGUCAAAUU